AUGGGGAAGCACAGUAUAGUCCAGACACUGAUUCUGGUAAGUUCAAAAUAACUUUUACAGGUCCAUACAUAGGUCUUAACUUAAGAGUCUUAAUGGAAUAGGGAUCAGAUCAAUAAAUAUACCUAUUUGGAAUUUGAAUAUAAACCUAGUAACCUUUUAGGAUUAUGAACCCAAAUUUCAAAACUCUUCAAAAAAUUAAAGCAAAUAAAAAUUGAAUUUUGUAUUUUUUUUUUAUUUUUAUUCAUAUUUAAAAAAAAUCGAAGAACUAGAAACUUCGGAGCCAUACUCUUCACUGGUCGUUUUCCAAUUAGAAGAUUUUUUCGUAGAUUUCAGCAUUUCUCUUCUCAUGAACUGAAUCCCAAUGUUAUCUUCUCAGCUUGUUCUCCCCUACAACAUAUUUUUCCAGGUCGGAAUCUUGGCUCUGGCCGCUGGAACUCUUGGAGUCGCAAUUGCUAUUUUGAUCAACUUGAACAACAACACCAAUAACAACAAUGUGAUUACUAAUAAUAUCACCGAAAAUGUUGCAUGUAAGUUGUUUUAUGGUAGCCCAAAAAAUCAUCAAAAGAUAACGAAUUUUUUUUAUCAAUUUCAAAUUAUGCUGACAAAUCAGUAUUAUGAUGUAAUCCUUUUUCAGCCGUCGUUUUGAACAUCCCGCCAGCAGCAACUGUGGAUUCCGGAAGUUCACAAUACAAACCUUAUCAACAAGUUGUUCAACUUUUCCAGUAAGAACUUUUUAUCGUGAAACCGCGUAAUGCACUUAAGUGCUUCGAUAAAAAGGACAUAAAAUUUCUAACAAAAACCAUAUAAAAAUAUUUUAGAAAUAUCGUUAACACCUCGGUAAAUCCCUGCGAUGAUUUCUAUCAAUACACUUGCGGUAAUUUCAAUGGUGACAUGAGUUUUGAUAUUUCGGAUAACUCGAAUAUCGCUGAUAUGGCUUCUCAACUUUUAAAUGAUGCUUACAUCAAAACCGCUCCAUUGCCAGUUCAACAAACUCGUUGGUAUUUUGAUCAAUGUGUGAGUGCUCGUCAAAAUUGGGAUUCUCUUGUUGCUUCCGGAGCACAAGUUACAAAUGCGAUUAAUACACUUUCGGCUGGUACAUAUCCAUUCGAAAACUCUACCCAAUUCCCAUUCCCAAUGUUGGACCAAUCAAAAAAUAUCACCGAAUUCCCAUCAAACUAUGGUCUUGGUUAUCUUGUUGGUUCAUUGGCUGCUUCAGGUGUUUACACCCUUGUUUCACCAUUUGUCGAUACCAAUUGGAAAGAUCCAGCUGGCACAGAUGGUUUCGCUUAUCUCAUCGAUCAACCAACCACUUUUGCACCAAACACUUAUUAUUUGAAGACAUGGCAAUCCACUCAACAACAGUGAGAAUUUAUUAAUAAAUUCACAGACUUCAUCUAACUAAUUAUCUUUUCAGACUUAUCGCUGGAAUCAAUGCUACAAUGAAUUUGUUGGCUCAAGUUCAAAACAAAACUCUUGAUCAAACAGUUCUCGCAAAAGAUAUCAAUGAUAUCGUGCAACUCGAUUAUUUGCUCGCAACCGCUUUCAGUUCAAAUGAUACAGUUCGUAGACAAUAUGAGAGAAGUUAUAAUCCAAAUACAAUGAAGCAAUUGAUUGCAAACUACUAUAACAACAUUUUCUUCUGGCAUAUGUUUGUUCCAUUGGUAAGUGAAUGGAAGUGUACUGAGUAUACUGGAAACUAUAGGUUUGACACCACACAAUAGAAUCAGAUAAAAGAAGCAUACACGGAAAAAACAUUAUUUGAAAGAGGCCUUGGUCGCUAAAUAAGUUUGGAAAAGGACGACAUCUCAUACAAUCCAAAAUCUUCUUUCCUGAACUUUUUCAAUGGUUUUUACAGUCAACCGGUUCAUCCAUCGCUGCUGGCAACAAAAUUCUUGGUGAUCCAAACUACAACUAUUACAUCGUAAUGGAACCAGCCAAACUCCAACUUCUUUUGUCAAAUCUUGUUCCAAACAACCCAUACAAUAUCACUCCAAGAGCACUUGUCAAUUAUUUGUUCUAUCGUCUCGUCGAUGCUAACAGUGAAUUCUUGCCGUGGCCAUCUACCGUGAGACAUUCUCAUUUUAAUAUUAUCUCACAUCAUAUUUUUUCAGGAUUCAACAAUCCGCCCAAUCGUCAAACUUUCAAGAACUUCAACUGGUCGCCCAAAACAUAUUGAAGUUCAUCAAAGAAAAUAUGAAAGAAAACAAUUGGAUGAUAUUAGUGAUGCUCAAUACAGUUGUGCUGCUGAAACAAUCGAUCAAAUGCAAUAUGCAAAUGCUCGUGUUUUCAUCGACAAAAUUUAUCCAACCGCUGAAAGUCGUAUUCAAGUUCGUGAACAUGUUGCUAAAGUUGCCAGUAGUAUUGUUGUUGGUUUCCGAUCAAUGAUUGAUCAACUUAACUGGAUGACAACUUCAACAAAAGCUGGAGCUUAUAACAAAAUCGAAAAUUUGGUGAAAAACAUUGCUUAUCCAGAUUGGAUUACUGAUGAUGCUCAAUUAACAGCUUAUCAUGCAGUAAGUAUUGCCUCAGCUCUCGUUAAUUUUUGUCUAAUUUUCACUUUCAGGUUAUGAACUUCAAUCAAACUGAUGAUUAUUUCACAAUGAUGAACAACGCCGGAAACUUCAAUAUGUAUGCUCAAUGGAUUCAAAUCACUCAGGGAGCUGCCGAUCGUACCGGUUUCAAUGGUCCACCAGGUAUCACAAAUGCUUGGUAUCAACCAGAACUCAAUUCAAUCACAUUCCCUGCCGGUAUUUUGAAACAACCAUUCUACGACUUCAACUGGCCAGCUUCUGUCAACUUCGGAGCAAUGGGAGUUAUUGCUGGACACGAAUUGACUCACGGAUUCGAUGAUCAAGGAGUUCAAUGGAAUGGAGUCGGAAGAUUGAGCGGAUGGAUGGAUGAUAAAUCAAAGACUGAUUUCACUGCAAUGGCUCAAUGUGUUGUUGAUGAAUACAGUGGAUUCUGUCCAUUGAACAAGACUGCUUAUGGAGCAGCUGCCUGUAUUGAUGGAGCUCAAACUCAAGGUGAAAACAUCGCUGACAAUGGUGGUAUUCACUCCGCUUUCCGUGCCUACAAAAACUAUGUGGAUCUCUACGGACCAGAUCCAGUCUUGCCAGAUGCACGUUUCCAAUAUUUCUCAGCUGAUCAACUUUUCUUCUUGAGUUUUGCUCAAAUCUGGUGCCAACUUCCACGAUCAGAUGCUUCAACUCUUCGCCAACUUCUCGUUGAUGUUCAUUCACCAUCACUUUAUCGUGUUUGGGGAACUAUUCAAAAUUUCCCAGCUUUCAAGAAUGCUUUCAACUGUCCAGCUUCAAACUAUGCUCCAGACAAGCAUUGUAAUGUUUGGGUAUCUGAUAUUGAUACAAGUAUGUUUGAAAUAUUUAGAGUUUGAACAAAACAACAUAUUUCAUGAGUUACAGCUUAUGGUCUUCCAAACACCAAGACUGAUUUGAACAUUGUUCCCGAAUCUCAAAUCACAGCUGGAGAUGUUACAAAAAUGAAUGCCUAUCAAAUGGCUGUUGAUUAUUACACUGUAAGUGAACUCAACAAAUACACAUUCAAUUGACAAAUUAAUCUAACUUUGUAGAAAUCAGUCAACACUUCAGUCGAUCCAUGCAACGAUUUCUAUUCAUACGCUUGCGGAAGUUUCAAUUCGCCAGUUUCCUUUACAACUGCUCGUGCCGCCAAUCUCGUAUCAAUGGCAAACAAACUCGAAGAUCCAGCCUAUCAAGCAACAAUUCAAAAUGUGUCGGCAUUGACAAAAGAAAAACAAUUCUACAAUGCUUGCCUUGUUGCAACAACGAAUUCGAGUACCGAAGAUCAAAUUCUUAUCAGCAAGAAUUAUACCGGCAGCAAAAUUGCGACACUUUAUGGUUUAUUGCGACAAGAUUUCACACUUUUGAAAGGAGGAAAUGCAAAUUCACCAAGUUCUAAAAAUCUUGCUGAUGCUUUGGGUUAUUUGUCAUUCCAAGAAGGAAUUGAUACUUAUAUUUCACCAUUAGUUGAUACAUAUUGGGAUGAUAACACAAAAGGUUACCAAAUGUUCCUUGAUCAAAACACAGCAUAUCUUUCGUGAGUGUUUUUUUUUUCAAAACAUUAAUUAAUAUAAUAAACCCUUUUCAGAAAAACAUAUUAUCAAGCAAAUGCCUGGAAGAUUGAACAACCAAAGUAUUUCUUGACAGCAUACAAAGUUAUCAGCCGAUAUGCUCGUCUUCAAAAUAUCCAACUUCCAGCAACUUUCAACGCAACAUUGGCAAAUGUUUUGGAUUUCGAAAGAAAACUUGCUACACAAUACAGUACUGAUGAUGAUACUCGUAGACAAUUCAAGAGAUCAUGGAAUUUGAUGAAUGCAACAUCUUUGGCAACAAACUAUCCAUUCUUAGAUUGGGAAGCCUAUCUUGGACAUGUUCCAAGUGUUGUUCAGCCACUUGUAACUGCUCCAUCUUAUCAAAUCUCAGUUAUGGAACUUGAUCAAUUCACUCGUUUAUCAACAGAUAUCUCUAAAUUUGAUGCUGAUCUCGUUGUCAAUCUUCUCUACGUUCGUCUUCUUCUCGGAACAACUCAAUAUAUUCCACAAUACGCCACAGAUUUCAGUGAAAUGCCAGAAGAAUCUAUCAUGUUAGGAUUAUCUCGUAGAAAGACAAUUCAAAACUUCAAAUUUGAAACCACAUUAGAGUCAAAUGGUCCAAGUUGUGCAUCAGCUGCUAAUUCUUUGAUGCAAUUCGCAAAUGGUCGUGUUUUUAUUGAUUACAUGUAUCCAACUGAUGAUGAUGUGACAAAUGUUCGUAAAUAUGCCGGUGCUAUUAUUGCUAAUGUUAUUACAUCAUUCCAAGGAAUGAUUGAUCAAUUAGAUUGGAUGAUUCCAGAAACAAAGAAAUUGGCAUACGAUAAAACCGCCCAAAUUCGUAAGUUCCGUGGGAUUCGAAUUAGAUAAAAAUGUGAUAAAUUACAGAACAAAACAUCGCAUUCCCUGAUUGGAUCAAAGAUAAUGACAAAUUAAGUGCAUAUUAUGCUCCUUUAACAAUUUCCAACACUGACAACUAUUACGAUAUCUUCGACAAACUUAUCAAGUAAGAAUAUAACAACCAUUCCAACAAUUUAACAUUUCUUAUAGAUUCAACAUUUUCCUCCAAUACAAUCAACUCACAUUCUCUAAAACUGAUCGUACCGAUUUCCUCGGUCAACCAGGAACUGUGAAUGCCUGGUAUCAACCAGAACUCAAUUCAAUCACAUUCCCAGCUGGUAUUCUUGUUCCACCAUAUUUCCACGCUUCGUGGCCACCAAGUAUCAAUUACGGUGGAAUGGGAUUAGUUGCCGGACACGAAUUGACUCAUGGUUUUGAUGAUCAAGGAGUUCAAUGGGGACCAACUGGUAACUUGAAUAAGUGGAUGGAUGACAAUUCUACAGCUGGAUUCUUGAAUAUGGCACAAUGUGUUAUCAAUGGUAAGAUUUGGAUUGAAAGAUGAAGUUAGAGACUCAUAGAAAAGCUUCAAAACAUCCUGAAAAGGAGAAGACGUAUCAUAAAUAUUUCGUAAUUAUUAGAGAACAACUUACUGUUCCUAGAAACUUUGAAAAAUUAUACUCCAUCCUAUCGAUUUUUUCAGAAUACAACAAUUUCUGCCCAUUAGAUGCUGCAUCCUAUUCACCAAACUGUGUGAAAGGAACACAAACUCAAGGUGAAAAUAUCGCUGACAAUGGUGGAGUUCAUGCCGCAUUCAAUGCCUACAAAACACAUCAAUCAUUAGACGGACCAGAUGCACGACUUCCUGACCGACUUUUUGGACAAUUCACACAUGAUCAAUUAUUCUUCAUGAGUUUUGCUCAAGUUUGGUGCGAAACUCGUCGAUCUGACGAAGCUUUGUAUACACAAUUGAUGGUUGAUCCACAUUCUCCAUCAAUGUAUCGAGUAUUCGGAACUAUUCAAAAUUUCCCCGCUUUCCAAACAGCAUUCAAUUGUCCGCUCGGAUCAAAUAGCGCACCAAAAACACAUUGUGAAGUAUGGGUACCAUCUAAGUAUCAGUAA